AUGGCUUCUGAAGAUUGGACUGCUGUAUAUUCAGCACUGGAUGUGGAUGAGAAAGUAUCAGCUUAUAACUCCAAUAUAAUCAAGAUGCUUGACGAGUUCUUACCCGAAAAAACCAUCAGAGUACAUCACUCUGAUAAACCGUGGAUCACUGGUAAUAUUAAAAUGCAAAUCAAAGCUCGUCAGAAAGCCUUUUCUCGUGGUGAUCAGCCAAGAUACAAACAACUCAGCGAGAAAGUGGCAAAUCUUAUAGCUAAAGCUAAAGCCACCUACUAUCGGUCCAAGGCCUCAGAAUUUCGUACCUCGAAUCAAUCGAAGUGGUAUAACUGUAUCUACUCUUUAGUAAAUGCCGAAAACACAACCCACACCCAAUUUGCACACGGGCCCGAAAACCUAGACUUAUCCGACUUAGCUGAAAAACUUCAGAAAGCCUUCACUAAACCAUGGUCGGACCGUUACACGAAUGUCGCCUUUGAAAUACCUGAAGUGAACCACCCACAUAAGAAUAACAAACCACCCCUUCCUUCUAUUGGUCAAGUUAAAGCGGUCUUAAAACAUCUUAAUCCAAGAAAAGCAACUGGCAUCGAUAAGGUUCCUGCAUGGAUGCUCAAACAAUACCACGAAGACCUAGCUCCUGUGGUUUAUGACAUUGUGUGCUGUAGUAUAAGUCAAUGUUGUUAUCCAUCACUCUAUAAACAUGCCCUAAUUUUCCCUGUUCCUAAGGUGCAACCGCCGAGAGACAUUAACAAUGAUUUCCGCCAGAUAUCAGUCUUACCCCAUCUUGCCAAGAUCCUGGAAAAGAUCCAGCUCCAGUUAAAUAUUGAAGACCUGAAAAUUAAGAAUAACCAGCACGCGUUUACUCAACAUCGAAGCACAGUCUCUGCGUUAAUAUCAAUUACCCAAACCUGGUUUAAUGCCACUGAUUGUUCAAAAACAGGCAAAAUGGGGGUUCAUGCGGCCUUCAUUGACUUUCGUAAGGCCUUCGACCUUGUGGAUCACAAUAUUCUUUUGAACAAAUUAGCAGCUAUGAACAUAAAUAAACCCUUCUGUUUAUGGAUUAAAAGUUUCCUUUCCGGAAGAGUUCAACAAGUAAAUCUCAAUGGUACCUUAUCAUCCAUUGCAACAUGCCCGGCCGGAGUCCCGCAAGGCUCUGUAAUAUCUCCCAUUCUUUUUAAUACCUACAUUGAUGAUUUGGAGGACGCCUUACCAGAACAACUAAAAGUCAGUACGAAUAAGUAUGCAGAUGACUGCACACAACACCAAAUAGUGAGCGUAGAUUCUAAUAGUAAUUUACAACAAUCUAUCAAUGAAGUAAAUAACUGGGCGGUGUUAAAUAAAAUGGCAAUUAAUGCUAAAAAAACUAAGGACAU